UCUUUUUCUUCCCCAAUCGUUGGACAGCAAGGCAAGCUAGAGAUUGCCUCGCAUGCCGUUUUGUGCAAAAGAACUCUUUUUUCGUGUAAUUUUGAACUUAUAGUGUUUAAAACCUACUUAUUAACUGUUCAAAAUGGCAAAAUUUGAUUUAACCGCAAAGAAUUGUCAAUAUCUGGAUCGUCAUUUGACUUUUCCAUUGCUGGAGUUCCUCCUGCAGAAAAAGAUUUAUGACCAAACUUCGCUUCUGAAGUUUAUACUAGAGACAGUUAGUAAGACUAAUAUGGUUGAUUAUACGAUGGAUAUUCGCGAAAGAUUGAAUUUGGGAAAGGAGCUUCCUGAAGAACUAACGAAACGAAGGGCUAAUGUUUUGGUGAAAUUGAAAGAACUGCAAGCCGAAGUGGCCCCUCUUAUGAAGUGCAUGGAAGAACUCAAAAACCCGGAUACAAUGAAAGAUUCUAAGUCGAUCGUGCACGCUCUGCAACAGGAAUUUGAUUUCAAAUACGAUGUUAUCAAGAGUGCUCAAAAAUUGGCUAAGUUUAUGUAUGAAUGCGGCAACUAUCGGGAUUCAAUUUCCUACCUGUACAUCUGCUUACUAGUAAUGGAACCAACUGAUAAGAACUAUCUAAACGUAUUGUGGGGUAAACUGGCUGCCGAGAUUCUUACCCUAAACUGGCCAACAGCUUUCGAAGAUUUAACACGACUGCGUGAUUUUAUUGACAAUCAUAACUUUUCUCCAAUUGAAGUGCUCCAACAGCGCACUUGGCUAAUCCACUGGAGUGUGCUGGUGUUUUUCAAUCACGCUAAGGGUCGUGAUCUGAUUAUUGAGAUGUUUCUAUAUAAACAAUUGUAUUUGAAUGCAAUCCAGACGAUGUGCCCGCACAUUCUACGAUAUUUGGCUACAGCAGUUAUCAUUAAUCGGGGAAGAAGGAAUGCCCUAAAAGAUUUGAUAAAAAUCAUCCAACAGGAAUCGUAUACCUAUCGUGAUCCAAUAACUGAGUUUCUAGAGCAUCUGUAUGUAAACUUUGAUUUUGAAGGUGCUCGCAUGAAACUUCACGAAUGUCAAACUGUAAUUGUGAACGACUUUUUCAUCAUUGGCUGUCUACAAGAAUUCAUCGAAAAUGCGCGGUUGAUGAUAUUUGAAACGUUCUGUCGGAUCCAUCAGUGUAUCACCAUCGGAAUGCUUGCGGACAAACUAAACAUGGAGCCGGCGGAAGCAGAGUGCUGGAUCGUCAAUCUAAUCCGCAAUGCCCGACUUGACGCAAAAAUCGAUUCUAAGCUUGGCCAUGUUGUGAUGGGCACACAACCUUUGUCUCCUUAUCAACAGUUGGUAGAAAAAAUUGACUCACUUUCAGUACGCUCCGAGGCGUUGACUGUCUUGGUCGAACGCAAACAAAAAGCUAAAACUCAAGAAUCCGGCGAAGGAAACUGGAAGUAUUACUAAUAGAGAAGUCAAAAAAAUUUAAAGCCUACUAACCAGGGAUCAGCUGAAAGUUAAGCAAAGAAAAUAGGAGCGAAAACUGGCCAUCAGGAAGUUUUUUUUAAGUUGUAUUUAUUGUCAAGUGUUUUUCACAGAAGAAGACAAUUGUAACAUUGAAAACAUUUGGGUAAUAAAAUGGUGGUCAAACAAA